CUGUACGAUGGCCUACCGAUAGUAUUUCUAAUCACUGCGCUGCAUAAACAAUUGAAAUCCGCUUUAACGUGCCUUCGCCAAAAGUACAAACGGGCUCUUUUUUCAGCUCUAGUUAUGCCCAUGCCUUCAUCGUUCACGUCGGAGUAUCUGGACGCCCACACUCUGCGCCUGGAGAUCCCACCUCACCCGGCCGGAUUCGCCUACGUGUUCGAAUACGCCACCGUGAGCACCAAGGCAGACGAAUGGUAUUUCGCGGGCGCCUCAACUAACCCGGCAGUGACCUUUACGAUCCUUGAUCCGUGCAGGGAUUACAAAUUCCGAGUGAUCGCUGUGAUACGGAGUUCACAUCCCACUGAUCACUUUGUUAUCUACAGUCAGAAGGCGAUUCCAGUUCAACUUCCGCAGUUUGCUCUAGCAAGCGAUCAGAUCAUCGCCGAACCACCCACAUUCAACGCCUCUACCGACACGCUCAAGGUGUACGUCAGAUGGACGCUGCCGAGAGGUUUCUCAGAUGCCGAUAUUUACGGCUAUGAAUCGCCAGCUCUCUAUCCACUUCAGUGCCGAACUCCUGAAGACGAGCUACCUCAGCCGAGAAUUGAAAUCGUGCGCUCGGGUGGCAGACUGGUCGUCUCGCUGCCGUCGACAGUGCUGGAGGCUCGGUGUCGGCUGUGGGUGGAGGUGCACAUGUUGCCCAGGUGUGUUCGUCUGGAGCCUUUCAACAUUCAGAAAAACAUCGAAAUUGACUGUGACCGAAGUGCAGAGUUGGAAAUCUGUACAAAAAGUGUGUUAUUUUCCUUCCAUCACCACUGGGUUGUCUACUUCUUCCGGUUAUCAGUGCCUUCUACCUGUUAG